UUCUUCAUCACAUUUGCACCUUCUCUAUAAGUCAUCCCUCUUGUGACACUGCAUAUCACACUUGCAAAGUGCACAUAUAUAGUUUCUUGAAGUGAGCUUGCACAUAUAGCUAACCAGUGUUAGUAUCAUUGAUCAUGGGAGAGUCUUCUAAUUCUUCUGCUUCAUACAUUCAUAUGGUGCAGCACAUGAUUGAGAAGUGUUUGAUCUUUCACAUGUCAAAGGAAGAAUGCAUGGAAGCUCUCUCCAAGCAUGCAAAUAUUAAGCCUGUCAUAACAUCCACUGUGUGGAACGAGCUAGAGAAAGAAAACAAGGAGUUUUUUGAGGAGUAUGCCAAAGCCAAGAGUAAGGACGAACGAAUGUCGGAGGAAGAGACAAGCCAAAUGAUACAGAAGAUGAUCUCAGAUUCCUCUAAAGUAACGUUCUCAUACGGAAGGAGCACGGAGACUAGACAACAAGAGUGGUCCACUACCUCAUGAACAAAAAUUCUAGUGAUCUCUCCCUAUCUUUUAUUUAAAUGCUAUUGCUAGAGGAUCUUUGAGUUAGCAAAUAACAGUGUGCCAUAUCAGCAGCUGAAAGAUUUGAUAUGGGAUAACGUUAACGUUAUACAAUAUUAUAAUACAAUAGAUGUCGUUGAUGUGGCGAAUAUUGACGUAUGUAUGUAUGUGCUGUGUUGUACACAUACGAUAAUCACAAAACUCAAUGUAACGCCAACAUUAUA